UUCUCCGGGAACUUGGUGUGGGAUGGUUUUCUCUGUUGUCAUCACCUGAUUCCAUUGUUUCCUGAGGGUGGUAAUUAUGUUCUUUAUAAAACCGAAUAGGGAGGUGCGGCUCUUUCGAAGACAAACAAAAACAUCUUUGGAAGUUUCUCUGCUGGAAAAAUAUCCUUGCUCCAAGUUUAUAAUUGCUGUUGGAAACAAUGCUGUAGCAUUUUUGUCGUCCUUUGUUAUGAAUUCAGGAGUCUGGGAAGAAGUUGGUUGUGCUAAACUCUGGAAUGAAUGGUGCAGAACAACGGACACUGCACAUUUAUCCCCCGCAGAGGCUUUUUGCGUGUUUUAUCAUCUCAAGUCAAACCCCUCGGUUUUCCUUUGCCAGUGCAGUUGCUACGUUGCUGAAGAUCAGCAGUAUCAGUGGCUGGAAAAGGUUUUUGGCUCUUGUCCAAAGAAGAAUAUGCAAGUAACUAUUCUCACCUGUCGACACGUUACUGACUAUAAGACUUCAGAGUCUACCAGCAGCCUUCAUUCUCCUUUCCUGAAAGCCCUAAAAACACAGAAUUCCAAAGAGCCUCCAUGCUGCUCACUGCUGGAACAACCCAACAUCGUACACGACCUCCCUGCAGCAGUUCUGAGCUACUGUCAAGUAUGGAAAAUCCCUGCCAUUUUGUACUUGUGUUAUACUGACGUGAUGAAAUUAGACCUCAUUACAGCUGAGGCUUUUAAGCCUGUGCUUUCUUCCAGAAGCUUGAAAGGUUUGGUGAAGAAUAUUCCCCAGAGCACAGAGAUGCUGAAGAAAUUGGUGAUGACAAAUGAGAUUCAGAGUAACAUUUACACGUGAUUCCAGAUGGUUUUGUCACCUGUGUCACCUGUCCAUUCCUUGGGGGGCAGCAGCAGCACUGUUUCAUAGGUUCCUUUUUUUUAAGAAGUAUUUUGAGGGUAUUAAAAACAGAAUAAACUUAUUUUAAAUUCAUUGUAGUUAUAGUUGUUUUUUGUGGUGGUGCUGUUCACGGCUGAAAUAAGCCAGUUGUUUUUUUUAUCCACUAGGUGGGAGUAUUGUUUUAUUUGAGUGUUUUGAGGUAAUAUAGUUGUUUUUAAAAAGCCACAGGUUGUAUUAAUAUGGCAAAGUAUAGUUAAUUUGGUGCAGAAAUUCUCUGUGAUAUCUGAAAGUUGAUGGUCUGUUGGUGAUUCCUAAUAUACGGAAAGUUUUUCAUAGGAAGUUUUAUGAGUUCUACAGUUUUGGUUUUUUUUUUGUUCUUUGGGUAAAAAUUGAUAAGGUAACAAAGAUAUAUAUUUGCUCAAAAUGAAAUAGUAAUACAGUUGCAUUUAUUUCAUCACUUCAGUAAUACUUGACAGGCAGCCUCUUCACCCACUUUCUUAGGGCUCUUGUGCAAGGUUAACUGUGUUGGUGUAAUCAGCACUAAUGGGGUGUUCUCAUUGGAAUGUGACUUGAGUCACGAACUCCUAGUAGCCAUACUACUUCCCAAAACCACAAACUCAAGUGCAUUAGUGAAAAUAAGUU